AUGGUGCCAGCAUUGACACCCUUUCUGCAAUAUACAGAAAAGGACCGUCGGUCUGACGCGCCUGCCUUUUCACUCGCUCUUCAAGGUCCAGGAAGACUGUCACGCACAUCUCCUUACCUGUUUCAUGUGACCCUACAGCGGGUGGAUGAGGUUAACGAUCACUGUGGCGAGCUGCACCAAGUCAAACUCCCCGAGUAUACUAUACUCCCCCAACUAGAACAUUGGCACUUCUCCCCUUACAAUAUCCAUAAGCCCGGCAAUGUGCAGCAAUAUUACGAUGUUAUCCCCGACCGUCUAAUCCCAUACCUACAGACAGGCGAGCGAUAUGUACUCCUCUGGCCCGGUCAACAAUAUGGCUCAUGGAAUUGGACCGAUAAAGUAGAAAAUUCUAAAGUCGUCUUGCCAGGAGGGCCCUUCUUAUCCUUCACAGUCAAGGACAAUGAGAACACGCCGAUCAUGCCGACUUUGAUCUCCGGAGCACAAGAAUGCCGUCCUACUCUGAUUGCAAAAGUCGAAUGUUGCCCCCAGGACCAGGUGGCUUUACAGGAUGACCUCGUGCUUGCGACCCUUCAUGUGACGUACGUGCCAACAAGUGGUAGCGGUGGUAGGCCGUUUACUUUCAACACGGCAGGGUUGACCGUCGGGCUCUGGGUUUGGCGGGACCGGUGGGUCAGUCUGAGAGGGUUCGUCUGCGGUGGAGCAUGGGCAUUCGUCGAUGACCCUGAUAUGCAAGUCUCCCCGGGCCGUGAUAAAGGCUUUGCCAGUCUGCGUCCAGGAGAAACGUGGUCCGAGGUCUUGCAACUUCCCUUGCUCACGGACAUGGAGAGCAACGAUGGCGGGGAGGCACGGGCCGGGGAAGGGAUCCGGUGCCUCUUUAAGGGCCUCCGGCUCGACUGGUGGGUUUGGGGAAGUCGGGAGGACCAUUUGGAGACGACAGUCACAAUUCCAGCCACGGGAAGCUGGACCGUACGGGAGCCGGGCGAACAGCCCAACGCUUUUAUUCCUGCGGCGGCACCCGUAAAUUUGGAGAUCAUAUAGUACGAGCCGAUGGAGGAGAUGAUUUUCAAACACGCUACAGGCGACAUGUCUCAGGCAACUCG